GAGAGACUCGCGUUCAGUCCGGUCUGGAGAUUAUCAUCAGCACCCGCGCGCCCUACAAACAUGGCUGAUCAGUUAACAGAGGAGCAGAUUGCAGAGUUCAAGGAGGCUUUUUCCUUAUUCGAUAAGGAUGGAGAUGGUACCAUCACGACCAAAGAGCUGGGCACUGUCAUGCGGUCGCUGGGUCAAAACCCUACAGAGGCAGAGCUGCAGGACAUGAUCAAUGAGGUGGACGCCGACGGAAACGGAACCAUAGAUUUCCCAGAGUUCCUGACGAUGAUGGCCAGGAAAAUGAAGGACACAGACAGCGAGGAGGAGAUCCGCGAAGCCUUUCGGGUAUUUGACAAGGAUGGUAAUGGCUACAUCAGCGCUGCAGAGCUGCGUCACGUAAUGACAAACCUGGGCGAGAAACUGACAGAUGAGGAGGUGGACGAGAUGAUCAGAGAAGCCGACAUUGACGGAGAUGGACAAGUGAACUAUGAAGAGUUUGUACAGAUGAUGACCGCAAAGUGAAGCCUCCUCCUUCUGCCGUGCCCUCUUAGAAGAGAAAAAAUAAUUAAAUCAGUCAAAUGUUUUACUUACCUCUUGGGAAAAAAAAGUUUAUUUAUUCAUAAUGUUUCUGUUUUAAAAAUAAUUGAAUGUUAAAAUAAAGUAUCCUUCUGUCCACACAGAAAUAAUGGAAAAAUAAAUCUAAUAUCUGCAUGAAAUGGUUAGUGACCCUGUCCCCAAAAAUCAGUUAUUCAAGAGAAAAAUAACCUGUAACCACCUUUAAACUGAAGAAAAACAGCAUUUGGUCAACUCCUUCAGUUGCACCUGCUCCUGAUAAUGUUUGGGCUGGCCAACCUCCUUCUUUCUCUUUUUUAUUAUUAUUAUAAUUAUCCGAUCUUCAUGCAUGCAGCUUGAGCCCGGAGCUCAUUCUCCAGCCAAUCAGAGCCUGCCGAGUCCACUGAAGUGUUGUGUCGUGGGGUUUUUGUAAUUUGAGAGGAAUCACAUGUAGAGAGAACGCUUGUAAAACUCAAGUUUCCAGUGGAAUGGGGCUUUAAAGUAUUGUGGGGGGGAUACAAAGUUAAAAAUUCAAAAACGAGAAAAAAAAAUACAAAAACAAGAAAAGGUCGAACAUGUUUGGCAUGAUUUUAUCGUUUCUGAUUUGUUGUUUUUUUAUUUUUGUCGAUCAUUUGUUUUUGUUUGUCUUUCUUUCUUUCUGGACGGCCAUUUCCUCUGUGGUGGCCGGGAUUUGAGGGAUGUUUGUGUUUGAGAUGAGUGGAGGAGUGUGGCUGAGCCGUCACUUUUCUAUCCUCUGUUUAUUUACUUCUGACCAGUGAAAUCUCCCCUGCGUGGGAGUUUUGCGCUCCACUCUUCAGUUUGCAUUCAUUCCAAGUUGUACAUGCUACUGUUUUAAUAUUUUCUUCAAAUAAAGUGACCAUGUACUUUA